AUGUUUCACAUUCCCUCGUCAGUCUGGCGAAUGCUCUCAAGUCAAAGCGGUCUCAACGCUGGCUUGGUGCUCCAGCUGGCCUGCCAGGAACAGAAUGUCGACCCAUUGGUUCGAAAUAAGACGAUCGAUAUUUUAGCUAGGCAUAUUGAUGAUGCUUUGAUGUAUCAAAGAGAGCAUGGCGCACGAAAGAAGAACGUUUACAUCUUUGCCGUCGUCCGAGUAGGAAAAUUUUACGGUGCCUACGUGUCGACGGUGUAUGUGUUCAUAAAGUCGCUGCAUCUGUGCAAUGUAGUCCUGCAGUUUCUUCUGCUGAACUCCUUCCUCGAGACGGCCGAGUACCCACUGUUCGGCGCGCACGUUCUCUACGAUCUACUGCUGGGAAGAGAAUGGCGUGAUUCGGGAAAGUUUCCCCGCGUUACUUUAUGCGACUUCGAAAUAAGGGUGCUGGGCAAUGUUCAUCGCCACACAGUUCAGUGUGUUCUUGUUGUGAACAUGCUCACCGAGAAGAUCUUCAUAUUCCUGUGUGGAUUUGGCUAUCUCACCUUGAUAUGGAAUCCGAUCAAAUCGGAACGAUUCACUGACCGAUUUCUUCGGCCGGAUGGAGUGUUUCUUCUGCAAAUGAUAGCCAGUCAUGCUGGCAAUCUCACCUGCGCCAAGGUGACGGAAGCGUUGUGGUUGAUGUUCCUUCGACGGAGUGGCAAGCCGGUGUUGGACGAGAAAGUCGAGAGUUCUGAACGAGGGGAAUGGGAGAGUAAUGAUGAGUCCGCUCAAAAAGAGUCGCUUCCUCGACGAGAAUCAUGGCAUGAACCGCCAUUGCCGCCACCGAUGCCACAGCUGCCAAUUCGCUCACAUUACGUCUGA